GGUACGAUCGAGCCGCCUGGGUAAUCCCUCGUGCACCGAUUCCAUUGCGUCGCAUACUCUUUCAGCGCGUAGUACAUCUUUCCAUUCGCGACCCACCUCGAUCACUGGACCAGUCAUGGGGGUGAUGAAGACCGCGUCGGAGAGCAUCCUCGAGGAGACCGUAGUCCCCAGCGAGGAGGCCAAUUACUCCGUGGCCGGUCACGCUGAAGAAUGGACGGAAACAUUCCCGUAUCAGAUGCUGGUAGGAACAGGAAUAGUGUUAAUGGCUUUAUUCCUGCUGGCCGCGGUGAGCUUCCAGUGCUCGUUUACCUGGAGAUGGUUAAUGAGGGUUAGGCGGCACAUGAACGAGGAAGACAACGAGAGCGAUUUAUCACAGCAGAACGCUAUACGUAUCAGCCAUUCGCUGCCGGAUCUUCAAUCAGAACCGAUUACUCACGAGUACGUCCAGGAGCAGAAGGAUAACAAAAAGGUGCUGCGACAGACAACUUUGCCCAUCGUGCCGAUGAGACAUCAGAGCUUCCAAAGGCAGCUCUCCCAUCGGCUCGAUCUGCCGAACAUCAAGUUCAGCAUCUGCAGCCUGGAGAAUCGCAGCGAUUCGAGCCUCGGGUUAAUUAAGCCGGAACUUUACAAGAAGGAGCUGGUGAGGCAGGAGAGCACCGAGAGUUCCAGCACCACGGAAAUGGAGUACGCGGGGAAGCUGCAUUUCGCUCUACGCUACGACAAAGAGAUCGAGGGUCUGGUCGUUAAAGUGUUGGAAGCUCGAGAAUUGCCGGUGAAAGAUGUGACAGGCAGCAGCGACCCCUAUAUAAAGAUAUACCUGUUGCCGGACAGGAAGAAGAAGUAUCAAACGAAAGUGCACCGGAAGAACUUGAACCCUGUGUUCAACGAGACAUUUAUCUUCAACGUAUCCUACGAAGAACUGAAGGAACGGUACCUCCAAUUCUCGGUUUACGACUUCGAUCGAUUCUCUCGGCACGACCUGAUCGGACAGGUUGUUGUCAAAGGAUUGCUAGAGUGCACCGACCUUGAGCAAGAAAUCGCCUACACGAUGAACAUUCUAUGCGCUUUGCAGGAAAGGAUGGACCUGGGAGAAUUGAUGCUGUCGCUUUGCUACCUCCCAACAGCUGGCCGACUAACAGUGACCGUAAUUAAGGCUAGGAAUCUGAAAGCCAUGGAUAUAACAGGAUUAUCCGAUCCGUACGUGAAGGUGUACCUGCUCUGCCAAGGCAAAAGGAUCAAGAAGAAAAAGACCACGGUGAAGAAGAACACGUUGUGCCCGGUUUAUAACGAAGUCCUAGUGUUCGACGUGCCGGCAGCCAACAUCGAGGACGUCAGCCUCAUAGUAAAAGUCAUUGAUUACGACAGGAUUGGAUCGAACGAAUUGAUGGGUUGCACGGCGAUCGGCUCCAGUUUCAUCGGCGUUGGUCGUGACCAUUGGUUGGAGAUGCUGGAUAAUCCAAGAAAACCGGUGGCGCAAUGGUACCCCCUUCUAGAAACAGUCGCUGGUCAUAUACCAUCUGUGAAUUCGGAGCCACUUCCGAUGAGCCUGAGUUGCUUAAAUAAGAGAUGA